AGUUCGGUUUUUCGAGUGCGCAUGCGCGUCACGAACUGGAACGUCAAAUACAAGAAGAUCGAAUGAUAUCAAUGUGUUAUGAUAUUGUAAUAUGUAAAAUAUGUUUCAAACAAAAAUAUGCGUAUAUCUCCAUACAUAGUUUUCAGACUAAUCCAGUUAGUGCUCAGCAUCUGAGUAGUGACAUCAUUGUGUUAGAUAUAGCGGUGUAAAUUCGUGCUCACACGACAAAUGUCUAUAUGCAUGUGACAUGUCACGCAUUCUCAAAUGUCUUCUCCCAAAACCACUGAAUAUUCGGGCAAUUAUCAACGGUUUAACGAUGAUGCAAACAUAUCACUCGAGCAAGACAUUUCACAUCGAACAUGUCAAAAAUAUGGAUCUAUAUUAUCAUAUCCUUCUGCAGAAAAUCAUGUAAACUCCUCCACUGAAAAUGUAAGAACAUCUGAUCAAAUCAUUCAUAAAUUUGAAACAGAUGAUGUACAUAGAGAAAACAUGUCUGAAAAUGCAGUACUUUCGUCACAUGAUUCAAUCACAGAUCAUGAUUUGCAUUGGGAAAUGAAUUAUCAUGAAGCUGCAAUAUUUUUAGAGGAAGGUAAAAAUAAUGAAAAGUUUGAUUCGCACCCAAAGCAUCCGGAAGAUUUACCAGCUUAUCUCUUAGUUCAUAAUAAUUGGUAUUAUGGAUUAGAUCUAUUAACUUCUCUUAUACUUUUGGCUUUAGCUGUUGUAGAAGAGCCAGCUGUAUCAAUGUUUGGUAUACCAGUGUGGGCGCAUGGAUCUAUAGAACUUUUUGCUUUGAUAAUUAUAGGUAUAGAAUUAGCUUUGAAACUAAGAUGGAUUGGCUGGUCAACAAUGUUAAAACACAAGCGAACAAUGCUGAAGUGUAUCACAUUAGUCAUCAUGUUUUUAGAAGCGAUGACAGUACUAGUACGACAAUCAUCGCAUUUCCGUGUAACACGUGCUCUAAGGCCCAUUUUUUUAGUAGAUACAAAAUGUUUUGGAGGCGUUAGAAGAUUUAUCAGACAAAUACUUUUGACAUUGCCACCAAUUCUGGAUAUGUUAGGCUUGCUUUUAUUUUUUAUAACACUGUAUACUGUAUUGGGUUACUAUAUGUUUUCUGAAAUGAAUAGAAAUUUUUGUACACUACAAGACAGUUUUGUGAGUCUCUUUGUUCUUCUUACUACUGCUAAUUUUCCAGAUGUAAUGAUGCCAUCAUAUUCAAGAAACAAAUGGUAUGCGAUAUAUUUUGUAUCUUAUUUGUCUACAAUGUUGUACGUAAUGAUGAAUUUGAUGUUGGCGGUGGUUAACGAAACAUUUACAGCAGCUGAACGUGAUAAAUUUAAAAAAUUGUUUUUACAUAAAAGGAAAGCAUGUCAACAUGCCUUUAAGUUAUUAGUUUCGAAACAAAAUCCGGAUAAAAUGCGAUUUCGCCAAUUUGAAGGAUUAAUGCGAUACUAUGCUCCAAAUAAAAACAUAAGAGACAUUGUUCUAAUGUAUCAACAUUUAAAUGCUUCUGGAAGUGGAGUUCUAAGUGUUGAAGAGUUUUUAAACAUUUAUGAUACUAUUAUACUUCAAUGGGAACUACAAUACUCUACUGUGCCUUGGUAUCACAGUACAUCACAACCUUUGCAGAUUCUAUGCACAGGAGCACAUGCAGCUAUUAGAUGGCCAUAUUUUGAAAGCUUAAUGUAUAUAACAAUCAUUGCAAAUGGUAUUGCUAUGAUAAUAAGAAUAUUACAGCCAGGUGAUAAUGUUCAUAGUACAAUUCUAUUUGCUGCAUCUUGGGAUACUUUUCUUUUCGGAGGAAUAUUCGUCACUGAAGCACUAAUAAAAGUAUUAGGACUUGGUACAAGACGAUACCUGAGUUCCGGAUGGAAUCUUUUCGAUUUAGGGACAUCUAUAAUGACACUUGUUGCAGCUUGUAUUUUAUCUCUUUUUCCUACGGCUACAUUUUUUGUUCUAUUUAGACCACUUCGACUGCUAAGAUUGUUUAAAAUGAAAAAAAGAUACCGAGACGUAUUUGGCACACUUGUGAUUUUAACUCCCUUGAUGUCUUCCACUGCAGUAGUCAUGCUUGUUUUAUAUUAUUUUUUUGCAAUCAUUGGGAUGGAAUUGUUUGCAGGAUAUAAUAUGCGAAAUUGUUGCAAAAAUACAACAGUUGAAGACUUUUACAAAUACUCUGCCAAUGAAAGUACCGCACUAGGAUAUUAUUACCUUAAUACUUUUGACAACCUUAUAGCCAGUGGAAUGACCCUUUUUGAGUUAACGGUUGUUAAUAAUUGGUUUAUUUUAAUGAACGCAUAUGCAUUUACUGUUGGAAUGUAUACACGAAUAUAUUUUAUGAUAUUUUAUUUGGUGACAAUGAUUGUUUUAACUAUCGUGGUAUCCAGUUUCUUAGAGGCCUUUCGAUUUAGAAUACAUUAUAAAAAAUCAACAUCUAAACGUGAUGAGGAAAAGAUGCUACAUGAAGAAGUGGAACUAAAAUGGGACGAAUUGCAAUAUAUAGUAGAAGAUUUUCAACUUUUGGAAAAAUUGCGACCUUCGCUGAUAGUUGGUGGAACUACUGUUUUUAUUGGCUCGCGUCCUCGAACCAGAGAAGUUUUGCAAAGAAAAAUGUAUACGAAUGAAAUUACCGAAUGGAUUAUAGAGGCUAAACAAGCAGAAAGGCAGUUUUUAUCAAAUGCUACUCAUAGUUUAGAAGAAAAUUAUAGAGAGGAAGCAAUUUCUGAAACAGAUCAUGUAGGAUUAACAGACAAUUUGCGACAAACACAUCGUAAUACAUCAAAUGUUGUAUAAUUGUAGUAAUAAAUUAAAUUUCAUUGUAUCUAUUCACAAUAUAGAAGUAUUGAAAGAUUGUAAUAUACAAAUUUACAAAGUAA